AUGUCAGCAAUCCUAGCCCCCUACGCAAGCGAUCACGCCAACCCCAACGGCCCCGGCGACGCACGCCCAACAGCCCUCAAAAUAAUCCGCGACCAAGGCCUUGACGGCUCCCUAGCCGGCAAAAAAUUCUUCAUAUCUGGCGGUACAAACGGUAUCGGGGUUGAGACUGCACGUGCACUCCACGCUACAGGCGCAGAUGUAUACAUCACAGGCCAAAACGUCGCAAGAGGCAAAGAAGUCGCAGAGAAUCUUGCUGCUGAUGGGAAGGAAGGGAAGGUCGAGUUUUUGGAGAUGAAUUUGGAUUCUCUAGAAAAUGUGAGGGAGACUGCGAGGAAGUUUUUGGAGAUGAGUGGUGGGAAGGUUAAUGUUUUGAUUACGAAUGCUGGAAUAAGAGGCUACCCCAAAGCCCUAACAAAGGAUGGCUUCGAGCAACACUUUGGCAUAAACCACCUCGGCCACUUUGCGCUUUUCAACUCGCUCAAGGAUGCGCUGCUCGCAUCUUCGACGCCAGAAUUCAAUUCCAGAGUUGUCGUCCUGUCAGCCACGGGUCAUCGCCAGUCAAAAAUAAGGUUUGAUGAUUACAACUUCGAGAACAGACCCAAUGAGUAUCAGCCUUUGCUGGGAUAUGCUCACUCCAAGAUCGCGAAUGUCUAUAUGGCGAACGAAAUUGAGCGGCGAUUCGGGGCGCAGGGUCUGCAUGCUACAGCUGUGAAUCCGGGUCUCAUUCCUGGAACGGGCCUCAACAAAAAGACACCACCGGAACAGUUAGCGCAAAUGUGGAAGAUGGCAACGCUGAGAAGCUUGCUAAAAUCAGCGGAACAGGGGGCUGCGACGACCAUUUGGGCGGCUGUCGGAAAGGAGUGGGAAGGGACAGGAGGUAAACUGUUGGAAAAUGUGCAGGUUAGUCCGCCUUACGACGAAAGUCAGGGGCCGUUGAGUAUGGGGUAUGCGGAUUAUGCGUAUGAUGUUGAUGCUGCGAAGAGGUUGUGGGAGGAUAGUCUGAGGAUGGUUGGGUUGGAGUAG